GAGCCGCACCGGCUGUCGGCGUCCAUGCAGUGCGUGGUGUCGAUCGCGCGGGCGUUGGUUCGGCCCAAUAAGCACUACCCGGAGGGGCCGACGCACGUCAUACCCCUACUGUUGAACUCGUUGGACGGGCUGGACGUAAACGACAUGAAGAAGUGUAUGGUUACCUUCCAGUUCAUCGCCACGUUUGUCACACUCGUACCACUGAUCGACUGUUCCCGCGCUGUGGACGUACGCCAAGACCUGUCCGACACGGAGGCGCAGCUGUGUCUGGCGACCGCUCAGUUCGAGGACUUUGUGCUCCAAUUCAUGGACAGGUGUUUCGUGUUGAUCGAGAACUCGUCGCUCGAACAGACCAGUCGUUUGGAUCAGGAGACCGAUCGGCUCAACACCGAAGAGGGUAUCAUUGAAGUGGGUUUGGCGUCCACUUUCGGAAGCAUUCUUCUGCAGUCGUCGCCGCAGAUAUUCAGCGUAUGUAUCGCGCCAUCGAUGGCGAGGACACCCGCCGCUUUAGACAAACUCUACGGUUUUGUUUCGAGCCAUAUAUUCGAGACAAAAGUUGCCGGAAAAUUCUCGGCCAUUUUGGUCCGUUCCUGCUCUAAGGCCAACGCCGAGCUAUCGUUGCAGAAGUUUUUGCCACACUUUUGCAAAUUAGUUUUGACGCUAACCGAGAGCGACGACAUCCUCAACGAGGAGUUCUUAGACCACGAACUGCUGUUUAGUUUGCAGAUCGUAUCGGAGCUGAUCCGCUGCGACGGCAAGCAUUUGGUGAAGUACUCGGAUCUGUUGUUGAAGGUGAUCGACCGGACGCUGCACCUGAAGUGCCGUAAGGGCUACCUGUUAUCGUCGGCCAUUCUGCGCCAUGUGCUCAAGUCGUUGACCCUGUUAUGUGCGCUCGACUUUCGCAGUGUCACCAAAUCGUGGGACAAGUACUCCAACUUUGAGACCGAUUUGCCCAUUAGAGACUGGGGCUGUACUGUAGACAUCCAUCACCUGAACGUCGAUUGGCACGACGCCAGCGAACAGGAACUGGCGUUCGCGCAGCGACUACUCGACCGCUUCUUAGCCACGGAAUUGUCUGAUUUGCAGAAUUGGAUUAAAGGCGAGAAGAAGUUGAGUCGCGAAGAACUGCAGCGAAGUUUGCUAAUCAUCUGCGACUGCAUUACCGGCGCCGCCUCUGCCCUUCCCCUCUGGAGCGGCGAUAAUAUUGUUCUGUACGAGUCGUUGGUGUCCAACACCACAUCGAUUGUCAGUUCAGUGGGCGCUAAAGUCGUCAACUUUGCCAACGGCGCGAAUAUCCGCGAAACGGUACUCAAGACACUGCGCGCGACGUUAGUGCACGUGUUGGCCACCUGUGAGGACGACACCAAAUCCCUGUGCCGUCUCAUAAAGAUCUAUAACAACGCGAUGUUCUUCUGGGGCGUCACUAAACACGACUUCGACACGCGAUGGAAGGGCUUCCAUGUGGUGAAGAAGUCACUGGAGAACAAGUUGACCAAAAAGAAGCAACACAUCCGGGCGCUGAUGGUCGACCGCCUGGUGCUCCAGCACGAGAUGCGUUUAAUGAACAAAUCGUUGACGAAGUUCACGGAUCUCCACAAACAGGUGAUCGUGGAUUUGAUGCAAUUGGCGACCAGUCACUACUCGGAGGUGAGGUGUCAGUCGCAGGACACGCUGUUCAACUGUUUCCGGUCGUUCCCCUACUCGUAUCGCCUCUGUCUACCCGAUCUGCUCGCAAACAUAGCCAAAGAACAGCCCGAAAAUCACGAACAAUUCAAGGGCUCGCUGUAUGUGAUACUCGGCCGCCGCGGGAGCUCACUGUUGACGUCACACGACUGGUCAACACUGAACGCUUUAUGGCCGGCCCUGGUCGACGCCAAGCACUCGGAGAAGCCGAGUAUUAUACGCUUAUUAGACUUGGAGAUCACGGGCUAUGUCCGCAAGUACUUCGACACAUUGGCGCUGAGUGUGGACAUACCGGACCAGUGCGUGGCCGCAGCCAAACGGGUCUGGACUAACAACAAGAGUCUCCCGAAACCGGCGUUUGAUUGCCCGACGGAUACGGAGAUACGAAACGCUUUAAUCAUCGCUCAAAAGCGCAACCAAACAAACACCGAUCUGUACACCGAUUUGGUCGAGAAGUUGGUGUCACUGAUGAACGGUUCCAACGGAUCUAAUCUGCAUUGGCGAUAUUAUCAGUUGUCAAAUGUGAUGCUAAGUAUGCUUAUCAGACACGACAUCCCACUGCCGGCCAGUGCUGUCAACCUGUUCACGAAGAACCUGAUCCACGACACGCUAUACAUCCGCAAGAUAUCGAUCGCGUCGUACAGCGCUGUACUCAAGCAGAUGAAGCGAAAGCACCCGAAGCGUGAGCUAAAGCCCACCCCAGAGGACAACCAAUGGCUACAAACGGAUGUCUCGCAACUGAUCGCCACUGAAGCCGAGUUCCAGGCCAUGGACUUCGUGGAUAAACCGCACAUCGGUUUCUACUGCUUUCCCGAACCACUACUGGUGUACGACAAGACUCGCGACGCAUCGAACGCACCGCCGAUGACUGAAAGCGAGCUCAUUGUCUACAAGCAGUUCGCGGACAAAGACUUUUUGCAUCAACUCUUGACGUAUCUGUCGCUCGAAGAGAACAAAGGAAAGGAUAAGUUCUCGUCGAAGCGGUUCCAGCUCUGGAAGGGUCUGUUCCGCAACUUCGGUGCCUUCAAUCUGGACCUAUUGGUGCCGAAGAUCGCCGCAGCGGUGGACGGCAGCCAAGAGAGCCAUCAUCGGUGCGCGUCGGAGAUCAUCGCCGGCUGUGUCCGCGGCUCUAAGCACUGGCCGUUCGACGACUUCAGCCGAUUGAGGGCACACUUGGAGCCCAUUAUCCGCAAAGUGUUCGACAACAUCACCACCGAAACGCUGGCCGAUUGGGGCACGUGUUCGGCCACUAUGUUCGAGAACCGCGACUCCCGGCGCUUGACGUGGAUUCUGAGCAUCUUUUUGGACGACCCCUUGAAAGCCGGCGCUGAGGUGUUGUCGUCUUUCCUUCAGGCGAGUCGACUGUAUUUACUUCACGGCGCUGUCCAACAGCAGGAGUGGCGCUCACAGCGAGUGCUGCACCGACUGCUCGCCUAUUUAGAGGACAACCAUUUGACGCACUCCUACCAGAACGUGAGGGAACGCAUCGGAAGUCUAUUGUGCAAUAUAUUCAUGUUUGACGUCCGCAUACCGGCCCUCCCGAAGACGUUCGAGUUGUCGCCCCGGAGGGCGCCGUUCAUCGAUAAGAUCAUACCUCGGCUUCAGAUUCUCUACAAUCAGGUGACAGACAAUGAGAGCGCAGACAAGGAGUCGCAGCACCAGAAGAAUGACACGAAUCUGUUGAACGGAUUCACUGCUCAGUCGCCGGAGCGCAAGGACGCGGCCAACCUCUUGAAGACUAUCUGCAAAUGGAUUGUAGGGAACGUCCCCCGCGUGGCCUACAGCGCACCCCCAGAGCUCUUCAAAUUCUUGCCAAUUUUAUGUUUAAUGCAAAGCGAGACCAGCGAUGAGGAGCUGAUCCGGGAGUCGUUCUUCGCGAUCAUUAUGUUAAGUCACGCAUUGCUCACACCUGAGAGCAUACAGACGGCUAUAGACACCGCCAAACAGGUGACAGUGACUGCCAACUGGCACGCGAGGUCAGCCAUCGCCACAUUCCUCCAGUAUAUGGUGACAGUGACUGCCAACUGGCACGCGAGGUCAGCCAUCGCCACAUUCCUCCAGUAUAUGGUGUCCAGCAAUCUGUUUGUAUUGAUGGCCAACGAGUCGUGGGUCGCAGACAUCACUCAAAUGAUUUUGGAUCUGUUGAGUGAUGAGCGCAACGAAGUCCGUGAGUCGACAGCCGAGACACUCAGCGGUCUAUUGCACUGCGAGUUCGUGAAGAUUGACCGCAAACUGAUCCGACACUUCGAGACAAAGUCUAACCACACACUCAAUAAAGUGCGCCAAACGAACGGCGCUGUUAUUGUGGACACCAAAGACUUGACGGUCAGACACGCCGGCAUACUAGGCCUGUGCGCCUGUAUUAACGCCUUUCCCUACGACGUGCCCGACUUUAUGCCCGAAAUACUGGUGUUUCUGUCGCAACACCUCAACGAUCCACAGCCUAUCCCAGUAAGUGCUCGGACUGCAAUCAAGAAGACAUUGUCUAACUUCCGGCGCACUCACAACGACUGCUGGAGAGACCAUAAGCUGAGGUUCAGCGAUGACCAGUUGGCGGUCAUCACCGACCUCUUAGUGUCGCCUAAUUAUUACGCAUAAGAAAUGCUUUUUUGAAAAUACAUUAUAUUUUUGUUGAUUGAAAUCAUUGGUUGAGUUUCAUUGGUUUCAAUGAGAGAACACGAUAUCAUAUAUAAAGUGAUGAUUUAUUUUAUUUAAUUAUUUGUCUUACUAUCCAUAAGUUUUUGCGGUUUUUUAAAUUAAUUGAGCGAAAGUUUUAUCGAAUUUACAAUUUAGAUGAGCAAGCACAUUUUUAAUGGACUGGUUUUUGAGACUAAAAUUUUAUAUUCAAAUUUAUUGUGAUGUAUUGAGACAUUAAUCCAAAAAUGUGUAUAAAUUAUACAUAAAUGUAUUGAUGAGAACCGAAUGCUGUGAACACAGAAUAUUCUGUAAUAAAUGAACGAAUUUCUUAGGAAUAAAUAGUUUUUUCGCAAGAAUUGCGAGUAAAA